GCUUGUACAUUGAUGUGGCUCAGUGACAAAUAAGCUUGUAAAAAGGUCCUAACAUAGCAUAGCUAGCAUUGACAUUAGCUGCCUCAUUAGCAUCAAGUGGCGCCGGUGUGACAGUUUUGCGUCUCGUAGCGUGUGGAUUUGGUGUGUGUUUCACUUGGCUUUGCAGCUGGAGUCCCUUGAUAGUUAGGACAACUGAGAUUACGCGGCCAUGUUGGGGCCACUUCAAGCGUGCACAGUACGAUAAUGCAUGUAAAAAGUGGUAUAAAGAAUAUUAAGGUAUUCAAUGUAAUAUCCAUAAAAUAACUGCAGUUUAGAUUAAGUGCACGAAAUGACGUUCCCCGACCAUACAGAUCAAAAUAAAUCUAAAAUUGGGCCAGAUUGUAAACAGUAUAAUACGAUUUUUAUUUUUCCAAAAUUCAUUAUUGCACUUUACAUCUAACAUUGCGAAUUCCUUCUACAGUUUUGAAGCAUUUUAAAUGAAACUUCGGGUAAAUGAGGACAUUGACAUGAAGAUGUGCAAGACAUGUUUUUUUUUGUUUGUCGGACAAAGCGUUGCCAUGGUAAAUUUGCUCGAGAUCAUGGAUUACUUUAUUUGCACCCAGAGGUGAUUUACACAAGGAUCAUUCACAUUAAACAGAAAUUCACAACACCAAAUACAACACAUGGGACCGAACACUCCCAAUUGACCUACCUAGCACAGCUUCGAAGACGACUUCGGCUUCCAGCCCUAACGGUUGAUUUUAUUCUCCCAAAUUGUCCGUCUGUUGAUAUCUGAAGGGAAUCUGUACAGCUUGAAACCCUCGUCGUGUCUAUUCGUGCAUCCAAAUGCACAACAACCCGGCAUUUUUAUGACUAAACAAUACAGCCAAGAAUACUGUUGUAUUCUGUUGUAUAGCGGCAAACGCGAAUUUGGCCCCCAGAUGGCUCCACGAGUCACGUGACCGUAUUUUUUCGACUCUCUAUCAAGGGACUCUAUUUGCAGAUAUCCAACUAAUGUGUAAGCACAUAACACGAUUUAAAGUAUUCCAAAGGUUAACUAUAUACCCAAACGUAUAGCAAAUGAUAAAACACACAAAUAUAGCAUUAAUAAGUGAAAACAUUGUACUCACGUGAAAGAUUCCUUCAAAGGGAUGCAGAAGAUUUACUCAAUUUACAACAGGUUUCCUUGCCGAGAGUCAACAAAUGUGGAGAUGUGAUUCAGAACGAGACGGGGGCUAAGUGGGGUAAAGAAUUGACUCUCCACUGCUCAAGGAACAACCGCUGAGCAACAGUUGCUAACAACAAUCGCGUGACCCGGAAACGGAUGUGAAUCUUGCUGACACAGGCAAAUGAACAAAACCUCAGCGAACUGAUUCAUUAUUUUUUGUACAAUUUUAGUGGACGGCAAACUUAAAAAAAAACAAACAUUUUUUUUGACAAAAUACUACCAUGACAAGAAUAGACUUCCCUAUCUACCAUUUUAAGUUUAGGCAGGCCCCAUCACGCAAGUACUUGCAUCAUGAACAAGGUAGGCAUACCGGGUAAGAAGCCUCAAAAGUUCUUGACCCUUCCGAUGGCCACCAUGCUCUUCAUCUUUGGACUCGUCUUCAUCCCCAUGGUGUCGGCGCCGCCUACCCUGCAGAAUGGGACAGAACCCGUGAACAAGCAGGACACUGCAGAAGGACGAAAAACUGAGGAAAUUCAGGCUCCGUCCACACCUGUGGACAAGCCGGACAGUCCCCUGCAGGCUCCGCCCACACCUGUGGACAAGCCCGACAGUCCAGAAGGAUCAAAAACUGAGGAAGUUCGGGCUCCGCCCACACCUGUGGACAAUCAGGACACGACAGGAGGACCAAAAACUGGGGAAGUUGAGGCUCCACCCACACCUGUGGACAAGCGGGACAAUCCAGAAGGACCAAAAACUGAGGAAAUUCAGGCUGUGCCCACACCUGUGGACAAUGAGGACACUGCAGAAGGACCAAAAACUGAGGAAGUUCAGAGUCUAGAAGAUCGCGUGCGCAUGUUGGAGGCAUACAUUGAGAGACUGACAGAUAAUUUGACAAAUCUAAAUGAAAGAGCAGCAAAAACCACAGAUGUCCAGACUCUGAUAGAACGUGUAGGAAAGGUGGAGAGAGAUGCAGCAACAACCACGGAUAUCCAGACUCUGACAGAACGUGUAGGCAAGAUGGAGAGAGAGCGAGCAAAAAUCACGGAACUUCAGACUCUGACAGAACGUGUAGGCAAGGUGGAGGCAGACUCUGCAAAAACCACGGAUGUCCAGGUAAAAACACGAUACACACAUGGACAGGAAGUACUGUGGUCCGGAAGUACUAGUGUUACACAACAUAUACUACUCCAGGCUCUGACAGAACAUGUAGGCAAGGUGGAGAGAGACGCCGCGAAAAACACGGAUGUCCAGGCUCUGACAGAACAAGUGUACAAUCUGGAUGGAAAAGUAGUAUCGGUUGUGGGAUCUAUAAAGAAAGCAGUUGUACAACCUGACACGUAUACGUACAUCCUCCUUGAUGGGCUGACAGCACGCUUGGACAAACUGGACACUGCAGGAGCAGUAAAUGACAAUAAAGUUCAGGUAACACCUUUAUUUACAUACAUGGGCAGGAAUUACUACUCACAUUUACGCCUGCAGACUCUGCAACAGCGUGCGGACGCUGCAGAAGCCGCAAACAGGGAAGUUCAGGCAAAAGUGAAUAAGCUGGAUGGAAAAGCAGAAAACAUGAAGAAUCUGGAAAAACGUGUGAACAAGCUAGACACCGCAGAAAGAGUAAACAACCUUAUAGUCAAGACUCUGACAGAACGCGUGGACAAGAUGGAGACAGCAAAAACCAUGGACAUCCAGCAUGUGGACAUGCUGAGGAAUCUGAUAACGUGUGUGGAAGCUGCAAACGCCAGUAAGGUCCAGACUCUGACAGAACGCUUAGACAAGGUGGAGACAGAUGCGGCAAAAGCCACGGACGUCCAGGCCCUGACGGAACGCGUGGACAGAGAUGCAGCAAAAACCACGGAUGUCCAGACUCUGACAAAACGCGUGGACAAGGUGGAGAGAGACGCAGCAAAAACCACUGAUGUCCAGGAUCUGACAGAACGCAUAGACGGCGUGGAGAGAGAGGCAGCAAAAGCCGCGGACGUUGAGGCUCUGACAGAACGCGUAGAGAGAGAUGCAGCAAAAACCACGGAACGCGUAAACAAGGUGGAGAGAGACGCAGCAAAAACCACUGAUGUCCAGGCUCUGACAGAACGUGUCGUCAACGUGGAGAGAGACGCAGCAAAAGCCACGGACGUCCAGGUAAAUACACACACGGUAUUAUGUACACGGUCAGGAGGUAGUAGUGUUGCCCAUAUGCAGGCUCUGAGAGAACGCGUAAUCAAGGUGGACAGAGGCGCAGCAAAAACCAUGGAAGUUCAGGCUCUGACAAAACGCCUGGACAAGUUGGUGGGAGAUGCAGCAAAAAACACAGAUGUCCAGGCUCUGACAGAACGCGUGGACAGAGACGCAGCAAAAACCACGGACGUCCAGGCGCUGACAAAACGCGUGGACAAGUUGGAUGAAGUAGCAGGCAAAAGUAAGGUGGCGUUCUCUGCAAAAGAGGGCGGCAAAAAGGAAGAUAACAAGGUGGUCUUCAGGUAUAUGGAGCUCAAUUUGGGUCGUGCCUUUGACUGCAACACAGGCAUUUUCACAGCCCCCGAAAAUGGCGUCUACUUCUUCACCGUGACCUGCUUUACAAACAAAGGAUACAUUGCUCUAACUUUGUUUAAGAACAGAGAAUUGAAGAUGCAAAUGUUUGACACCACCACAAAAGACGAACGCAGUACCACAAACAGCACAAUAUUGCAACUGAUGAAGGGAGACAUUGUGUAUCUCGAGCCUGGUGAAGCGCACACGUUUCACACUGGUGCAUCACUAAGCAGCUUCAGCGGCUUCCUCCUCGGGCCCAAUGUAAAGUAGAUGCGGGUGUAACAACCCUGAAAAGGGGAAAGAUAUGAAUGAGGACGGCCGGACACGAUGUCUCCCUCUGGCAGCCUCAUCCAGAAUGUUUUAAUGAUUUCACAAAAACACAUGUGUAUAUCAGGCACACAGGAAUCAUUUUGUUUUCACAGGUGAACUUAUACAGCAAACCAAACAAAUUAAUAAAACAACAGUGUCCCUUUUUACAUGAAGGUACUUAAAUGACAAAACAUUCUUUUGAAGUACACAAUUUCAAUACAAAGUACUUGCAUGUUAUUGUUAACAUUAUCAGACUGGCAGGUCUCAAAGAGCAUAUACAUGUCUACAUGAACAAACAAACAAAAAGACAACUUACACAAGUUCGUGCUACACUCCUCCCGAGCGCCAUUACUGCUCCUACAGACGGCAGCCUGCUAUCUUACAUUUCUAUGUAGCACACAAAACGUGGUUCAAAACUCCGUUUUAAAUCUUACUUAAAUGCACCAAACAUGCUCAAGACGUUCACAUAUUGCAGUACUGUAUCUAAUACAUCUAACUGACCAGGACAUACCUGAAAAGGGGAAAGAUAUGAAUGAGGAUGGACGGACACCACGUCUCCCUCUGGCAGCCUCAUCCAGAAUGGAGCACCGCGGCCAAGAGCUCCCCCUUUCUGCCCUUGCAGAUGUAACUAAUCGAUCCCAGAUGAACUGAUUACAAGUACAUUUUUAACCAUGUUAACACAUUUUACACAGUUUAAGUUGUUAUAAACCUUUUACACUGUUUAUGCAACUCUCAUAGAUUAAUAUUAGAACAAGGCUGACCUAUUAUUUAAUGAAUUAUUCACUUUUUAAACCAGCCCUUUUUAAUACAAUCUAUCACAGGGGCGCAUCCAUCCAUGAUAUAAUACCGGGGCGGUAUUGGUACCGGAUGGAUGCUAGCAUAAUGCAGUUUGUGCAGCGUACCGGCUGAAGCCACCUACUAACGCUCGUAUCAUAUUGUAAUAUUCACAUCCGAUAGGCGGCUGCCUAGAGGGUGCCAACUUUGGAAGGCGUCGCAUGUGUAAGCCACAACCCACGUAACGCACACGCGCACUAGCCAUGUUUAAUCACAAUUUGGCUUUUUAGCUGCUAAUGUUAGCUAGCAAUGAAUGUAUAAGCCUAUAAAACUCCCAAUUUUUUGUAGAUAUUUUUGUUUGUCUUUGAAGUCAGUAUUGCUAAUAUGCCAGCAGUGGGAUGUCUUUAGAUUUUGCAACGGUUAGGCGGUUGGGCUGCCUAGAGGGCGCUACUUUGGAAGGUGUUGCACACAUGACAUCCUGUCCUCUUUCAUGCUUUGAGCACAUAAGCCACAGCCCACGUAAGACACACGUGCGUACCUAUGUUUGCCAGCAACCUAUUUGGUUAAGUUUAUUUGCUAAUGCUAACAGGACCAUUGUUAUGCCAAUUGUGACAAAUCCAGAUAUUUUUCUUUAAAAGCACUUACUGCUAACACGAUAGCCACGGGUGAUGUUCUUAUAUUUGAUGUUUUUGUAUCUAUAAAAUUCAUGUCUACCCCCUAUAGGAAUUGUUUGCAACCGGCUGCCUAGAGGCCGCUAACUUUGGAAAGUGUUGCACGCAUUGCACCCCGCCCCGCUCUUUCAUGCCUUGAGCACACGCCCCGCAUAACACACACACACACACACACACUGCGAAUGAUUUUUUUUUUUGUCUUUGAAGCCACUAUUGCUAACAUGCUCCGUGAGUGGUGGUCUUACAUUUCUUGAGAGUUGCAAACAGUCCUUUUUCUUGCUUGAAAAAAAUGUAAUAACAAUUGCAAACAGUUCCUUGAAAAGUUCUAGAUUGUUGAUGAUGAUGUUUAGCAUCUUUGAAAAUUGUGUAUCUUUGGACAUUCCAAUAUACACGAGUGGAUGUUAAAACUUUGGUGGGAAUCAAUAAAG